AUGGCAGCGAGUCGAAAGUCGCGGGCGACUGGUCCGCCGAGACCAUCAACUACUCUAGUUCUCGACAAUGGCGCCGACACUAUCAAAGCCGGAUUUGUGACCGGCGACAAAACCCACGCGCCGCGCGUUAUUCCAAACUGCCUUGCUCGAGACCGCCACCGAAAAACAUAUGUCGGGUCCGAGCUGGAGAAGUGCAGGGACUUUGGCGAGAUAGCUUUCCGCCGACCGGUCGAGAAGGGAUUCGUCGUGAGUUGGGAGGCUCAAAAAGAGAUAUGGGACCGCGAGUUCUUCGACGACAAGGCGCCCCAACGAUGCGACCCUUCCGAGACCCGCCUGGUUCUCACCGAGCAACCGAACGCUCUUCCGGCCCUGCAGACGCAUUGCGAUCAAAUGGUGUUUGAGGAAUUUGGUUUUGCCAGUUACUGCCGUGGCGUUGGCCCGGCCUUCAACGCGUACCAGGACAUUCAAGCGAUCUUUCACACGCCAAGGACACCAGAGACUCCGGUCGACAUUCCAGCCGAGGUCAUACUCGUGAUUGACUCCGGAUACUCCCACACCACUGUUACGCCGAUUGUGCAAGGCAGACCACUACACCAGGCCAUCCGGAGGUUAGACGUUGGGGGGCGGCUGAUGACCAACUACCUCACGCGCCUGCUCUCGGUCCGCCACUUCGACAUGCGGAACGAGACAUUCAUCGCCAAUGAGAUGAGGGAAUCCGUCUGCUAUGUCUCGUUAGAUUUCAAGGGCGAUCUCGAAAAGACAUGGAAGGGGACGCGCGGCGAACGGCGAGAUGAAUACCUGAGCGGUGCCGGAAUCGCGAAGGACUACGUCCUUCCAGAUUCACACACGACUUUCCAUGGCGUGGUCCGAGAUUAUGAGCCGGGCGUUUCCGCUCGCGCUCGCAAGGCGGCGGUGUCGACUGAGGAUAUCCUUACCCUGCGCAACGAGCGCUUCGUGGUCCCAGAGUUGCUGUUCAACCCUUCCGACAUUGGCAUGCGCCAGCCUGGGCUCGCAGACCUGGUCAUGCAAUCACUGUCGGCACUACCUAUCGGGCUGUGGCCCGGGCUGCUCGCAAACAUCGUGGUAGUAGGGGGCAACGCUAAGUUGGACAACUUCAUCCAACGACUACAGAUGGAACUGUUGGAACGCGUACCGGACGAGUGCGUUGUCCGAGUGGCCCGCCCUGAGGAUCCCAUCACCAGCACCUGGCUAGGAGCUGCCAAUUUCGCUCGACACGAGCAUGUUGAGCGAUUGACAGUGACCAAGCAAGAAUACGAGGAGCACGGAGCUGGGUGGGCUGCUCGAAAGUUUGCUGCCGGCCUUCCGGUUGAGACUUGA